AUGCAAAGAUAUUUGAUAAUCGGUUCAGUCGCUUGUAAGCUUUCUUCGAAAUGGGUUGCCCCGCAAAUUUCCUGCUCCUCGUUCAGAAUUUACUGUUGAUUCUGUUGGUCUUUAUUAUUUUUGGGAUCGGCAUUCCCAGCUACGUCGAAGUGGGUGGAUUAUUUCGUAUCAUUUUCAAUCUGCUGCUAGCCGUUCUCUUACUUUGUUCUGUACUAACAAUAUGGAGGCUGUUUUUUUUUGAAUUGAAUAAUAUUUAUAAGCAAUCCAAACAGGAAGCCCUGUGCCACCUCUUGCUGUUGGUUAUCUUUGGAGUGACUUACUAUUUCCUUUGGACGGGAAUUCAGGACCACAAGUCCAAUUGGCAGAACCUGGCUCACGCGUGGACUGAUCUAAAGUCUAACAACAACACGGCUGCAAUGUUCCGUUGGCAGGAGAAGUUCAAUUGCUGCGGCUUUAUGGACCCCGAGUACUAUAUAUACAUGAAUUUGGGAAAGCCAAAAUAUUUGCCCGAAAGCUGCCUGCAUGAUGAGAGCAACGUGAAGGAAUCAUGCUUCAAGGUAUUCAGAGAUCAGGAUUUCACCUAUUACGCCAUCGUUGUUGGGAUCUUGUGUGCUUAUAUAGUUAGCAAAUUUCUGCUUGACUAUGUUAAAUGCAGGAUGAGUACGGAUUUAUCCGAGGGCCGGUUUCCACUUACCCAAGAUAAUACGAACUAAUUCAGGACUUAUUUCAGAUGACUUCGCGUCAUGGGAUGUGGUGUCUAAACAAUAUUGUAUUUACCAAAUUCUAUACUCUGUGCAUUACUGUUAGGCUUAUUUACACACGUCGGCAUAAGUUUUUUUGACAAAAAUUAUGCACUGCAUAUUUGGUUGUAACUUUUGAUUUUUUUUAAGUAGAAAGUAUAUUUAUUUAUCGUAGAUAGGUAUUAUAUUAAGCUUAUAAAAAUAUGUAUAAAGUAUGAU